GAGUAGUUUAAUUACGGAUGCUUUAAAUCCCCAACUACAACUACCUUCGUUUUCAAAUCAAUCCCAAUAUUUUAAGCGCUAAAAGCAAAACCUACGCACUUCCAGAUUUCAAAAAUUGAAACUUCUCUCUGUUUCACACACACAAUGGGUUGUGUUUCCUCCUCGCUGCUCAGCCAGGAAGAAGAGUUCUCCCAAAUUGGCGGCGCCGCCGCUUUCAGCAACCACAUUGUGUCCCUCACCUCCACCACCUACGGCUUGUUAACACUCGACCCUCCGCCGCCGCAGACCACCACCACCGUCGCUCCCACGCCAUCCCCGCCGCCAAGGAUAACGCUCGGCUCUCUGUUUCCCAGCCCGCUCUGCGAGCCCCGUUCCCUCCGAUACGAGAGCAUCAAUUCAUGGGACCUCAUGUCUGGCCUCGACGCCGAUCGCGUCUCCCACUCCCCGGCGAUUAAAUUGACCGCUAAUCCCUCGGGGAACGAGGAGAAUGCUUGCCCCAAUGUUAGGGUUUCUAAUUCGUCCAAGGAGGUUAGCGAUUUGGGGAAACCGUCUGUGGAUUUGGAAUUGAUCGAUCGGUAUGAAGCGAUUAGGCCGCCGAAUGGGGAGAACAAGGUGGUGAUCUAUACGACGACGUUGAGGGGAGUGAGGAAGACGUUCGAUGACUGCAAUGCCGUGCGGUCGGCGCUGGAGGGGCAUAGGGUUUUGGUAUGCGAAAGGGAUAUUUCGAUGGAUAGAGGGUUUAGGGAGGAGUUGAGGGAGUUGAUGAGUGGGAGAGAGCGUGAGGAGAUGAUCCCACCGCGAGUGUUUGUGAAGGGGCGGUACAUAGGCGGAGCGGAGGAGGUGAUGAGGGUGGUGGAGGAUGGCCUCUUGGAGGAGUUGCUGAAGGGGAUGGAGAGAGCUAGAGAAGGGUAUGUCUGCGAGGGCUGCGGGGGCGGGAGGUUCUUGCCGUGUUUUUCUUGCAACGGGAGUUGUAAGAUGGCGGUGGCAGCGGCGGAGGAUGGAGGGGAGACUGUGGUUGCUAAAUGUAGUGAUUGUAAUGAGAAUGGUUUGGUGCAUUGCCCUAUCUGUACUUGAGCUCUUUGACCUGCUACUUAUCAUAUUUAGCUUGUGAUCUGAAGUACUAUUUUUUUUUACAAGAGUACAUUUCAUGCCUUAUAACUGGAAGAAAUCGGAGGUCCCAUUUUAGAAGAUCAUUUCAUAAGAAAUAAGGAUGUUAGCCAGCCUAUAUCUCUACCAUAAACAUGUUGUUGUCGCAAUUUAGUUCGGUUGUCAUGUAACAUGGGCUUGAGAUCAUUUUUAUUUAACUUGGGGGUAGAGGAGAUGUGGGAUUUGAUUUCUGAACCCGUCUGCUUAUAGAGAAAACCUUCACUGCUUCAAUGUCCCUGAAGGGGCAGACUCGUGAUGGUUUUGAGACAUCAUUAAUGGAAUGAAUAUAUUCCAAACUCUUCUUAUUGUUCUUACUUCUUACACCCUUAGUCCUAGAUUCUUCUGUGUCAAUUUGUUCUUGACUUGCAACUUGGCUUCUUUGGCGCUUGAUUCUUUUACUCCUUUGUUCAGCUAUUGAAUUUGAUUAUUAUUUGGGUGAUAUCAUAGUGUUUUCUGGGGAAAUUUAGCUUCCGAAUUUGACUAACAAGCUGGAUUAAGCUCUCAUUUCCUUAUUUGCUAUGCAAAU